ACUGGCACACUGAGCUCUGACAGAGUCUAGAGAGGGUAUUACUGCGUUAUUCACAGAUUAUAUGCCUGGCCGCAAUGAAACUUUGCCUGUUCUGCCUCUAGCUCUUUCAUACAGAGAUAUCACACACCAUGAUGAUGUAACUGGACCUCAAUGAUUGCACUGGAUUAUUAAGGAGACGAACAGAACAGACAGCAGUCAACAUUUUGAGUGGCGGUGAAUAAGCAGGAAGGAUGCAGUGUGGUGUGAUGCUGUGUGUCCUGCUGCUGAUACUGUCCUCUAGUGCUAGAAACCAGAAGAGAAGAAAAAACAGACAGAAGCCCGACAACAGUGUCAUGCAGAAUGAAGUCAAAACUCUGUUCUGUCCAGUGGAGUUGGCGUUUUUAGUUGACAGUUCAGAGAAAGCCAAAAUGCUUCUGUUUGAGAGGCAGAGGGAGUUAGUGUUGCGCUUCAGCACCAGGCUGAUGCAGCUACAGGUGUCGGGCUGGCGUAUGCGGGUGAGACUCGCCCUCCUGCAGUACAGCAGCACUGUCUCAGUGGAGCACAACUUCCGUGACUGGCAGGACAUUGACGUGUUCCACAGCCAAGUGGAUGCCAUGAACUAUUCAAAAAAUAUAGACAUCAGACAUCAGGCCUGUGAUGUAGAAGAAACACUCGGUAGAGCCCGGCUUGCGGUUAACUCCAUCGUUCUGAAAGCUCUGGUUUACGGCCAGAGCACAGCAGGUGGAUUCAGGGCGGCACAUGAAAGACUAGGAAGUGUUUCCCACACUGCAAGUGUAGCAGGUGCUGGAGCUUUCGCCAGGGGUAAACCAGGCGAUCCAGGAUUUGAUGGGCCUCCUGGUCCUAAAGGAUCUAAAGGAGGGGCAGGUUUAAAUGGACGUCCAGGAUUAGAGGGUCUGAGGGGAAGACCAGGAUCAAAAGGAGAAAAGGGCGGGAAAGGAGAAUGUGGCGCCCCAGGGAUGAAAGGAGAUCAAGGCCUGGACGGACCCCCAGGACCACGUGGACCACGAGGAGAUCAGGUUGCCUUUAUCAAGUUUGGCCUGGACGGACCCCCAGGACCACGUGGACCACGAGGCGAUCAGGUUGCCUUUAUCAAGUUUGGGGAAAAAGGUGGCCAAGGCAGACCUGGGCCGACUGGGCCAGUUGGUAUCGGCGAGCCAGGACUGCCUGGCCCACCAGGACCUUCAGGAGUUCAAGGCAACCAAGGGUUUCCCGGAGAGGGUUUACCAGGACCAAAGGGUGACAGAGGAUUUGAGGGUCCUAAGGGUGGACGUGGACCUCCUGGGAUUAGCAUCAAGGGUGAUAAGGGUAACACAGGGGAAGCGGGUUUGCCUGGACUGAUGGGAUUUCCAGGAGUUGGGCUCCAGGGUGAAAAGGGAGACCCGGGACCCAUAGGACCACCUGGCCCAAGAGGCCCUCCUGGAGUGGGCAUGGUGGGAACUAAGGGUGAUCAGGGCUUUCCAGGAGAAUCUGGACCACAAGGUGAGAGAGGAAUAGGAGAACCAGGACCAAAAGGAGAACCAGGCCCAGACGGAGCACCUGGCAUUCCUGGUAUCCCAGGUGAAGAUGGAUCUGUGGGUCCAAAGGGGGAGGUGGGUUUACCUGGUGCUCGAGGUCCAGAGGGCUUAGCAGGGAGAGGUACUCCUGGUGAGAAGGGGGACCGAGGGGACAGAGGACCUCGGGGUCCCCCAGGAAGUGCAGGAGCAGCAGGACCCCCGGGGGCCAAGGGAGAACCAGGAAGUUUAGGUAUGAUGGGUUUACGAGGACCUCCAGGUCGAGGAUUACCUGGUUCAACGGGAGAGCCAGGACCUGCAGGUCCCGCGGGUCCUGUUGGAGAGCCAGGUGUUGGGACCACAGGCCCUAAGGGUGACAGAGGAAGUCCAGGACAAGUGGGGCCACAAGGAAUGAAGGGGGAGGGUUACCCUGGACCACAGGGGCUUCCAGGGUUGCCUGGGCCGCCAGGUGAAGUUGGACCUGAAGGACAAGGAAUUCCUGGACCAAAGGGAGACCGGGGCUCAUCUGGAACGACCGGCCCUUCAGGGCCUCCAGGGAUUGGACUGAUGGGACCAAAGGGUGCAGUUGGCCAGCCUGGUGCUCCUGGUCUUCCAGGACCUCUAGGAGAGGGAAUUCAGGGUCCCAAGGGAGAUCCUGGGUUUCAAGGGCCCCCUGGCCCUAGAGGGCCUCCAGGUGAUGGUCUGCCUGGAGAGAAGGGUAACAGGGGCCUAGCAGGGGAACGUGGGAGAAAAGGAGAGGGAGGAGAACAUGGAAUGCCUGGACAAACAGGAGCCAAGGUAAUAUCCAGUUACCAGCGCUUGUGUUUCCUGAUGAGUUGUGCUGCCCGGUCCAACGCCGCUCAGUCUUUAAAUGUCUCUUUUUCACAGGAUGCACUUCCAACAGAGUUUGAGACCACUUCUUCUCCAGAUGACUAUGACGACAUGCAUAUUGACAACAGCUGGAUGAUGCCCUUUGUUGAUGGGUCUUUAAAUGAGCUUCCUAAGGUGACAGAUGCCCCAGUUGGAGAUAAGACGAGACAAUCCUCCAUCUCAGUAUUGGGACCCCAGACACCCAUAAACUGGCGGCCUGUUCCAGAAAUCAGCCCACCACCACGGACUCUACCUCCACCGGCCCCUCAGCCUAACGAUUUCAUGAAAGAGGUAGGCUGUAGGCAGGGAUUGGAUCCUGGGCCGUGUCGGGAGUACAGGGUGAUGUGGUACUACGACCCGGAGGCCAACGCAUGCGCACAGUUCUGGUAUGGUGGCUGCCAAGGCAACAGCAACCGCUUUGAGACAGAAGACCUUUGUCAAAACGUUUGUGUACAGACAUAACAUACCCUCACAAUGAAGCACAGGCCUUCAUUCAGCAGAUUCAUAUCAAGCUGUGUCGACUUUGCGAUCAUGCACUAUGCAGAUACAUUUUCAUUGUCGUACAUGUGUUUUAUGAGACGAGUAGGGAUUCCUGCUACACUGACUGUAGAUCAUAUUUGUCCUUUGGGCCAACACUAUUUUAAAUAUUGUUUACUAGACUAGUGCUGCUCCAUUUUCUAGAAAAUAACAUGUAUAUUCAAAGUACCACGUUUUCCCCUAGUCGCACUGAAUGUUUUAUGAAUUUCUUUAUUUUUAAUAUUCCUUCCAUAGAAUAUAUUUCUGUUAAUUGUGAUUUCUGUUAAAGGAAUAGUUCACCCAAAAAUUAGAAUUUGCUGGAAAUGUACUCAUCCAUCAGGCCAUC